AUUACUCAUGCUCGUCUCCUCACUUGUCUAAGUCCUUGGACACUCUUAUCCAUGCCUGCCCUCUACACAUUACUCCUACUUCUCCUCGUCUCCUCCUUCCACGCUCCUCCAUGUUCCUCUACAACUUCACAUGAUACUCUCACGGCAGGCCAAACGCUUGCCGUCGGCGACAAGCUUGUCUCAAGCAACGGCAAGUUCGCGCUCGGCUUCUUCCAGCCUGCAGCACGCACCACCAUCAGUAAGUCCGACACCACCACCUCCCCUAACUGGUACCUUGGCAUAUGGUUCGAUAAGAUUCCGGUUUUCACUACUGUCUGGGUUGGUAAUAGAGAGAAGCCAAUACCCGGCCCCGAGCUCCACCUAACACACCUCAAAAUCUCUAGCGAUGGCAAUCUUGCCAUCGUGAACCAUGCCGGUACCGAGUCUGUACUCUGGUCCACUCACAUCAUCAAUAGAACACAAACCAACAUAAACACCAGUAGUACCGCCGUUCUCUUGAACAGCGGAAACCUUGUCCUCACAGAAGGCCCAUCAUCUGGUCUGCCGUUGUGGCAGAGUUUCGACUACCCAACAGAUGUUCUGCUUCCUGGUGCCAAGGGAGGCCGGAACAAGAUCACCGGUUUGAGUAGAUUGGGCAUCUCUAAGAAGAGCCUGAUUGAUCCAGGUCUCGGCUCAUACACCCUUGAAGUAGCCACCAGUGGGAUCAUCAUGAAGCGCCGAAAUCCCUCAGUAGUGUACUGGAAUUGGGAAUAUGGAACAUCACAAAUGUCCAAACUUUUACCAGUAAUUAUGAUGGUUCUAAAUUCCGAUUCACGGACCAAAGGUUUGAUUAACGUAACAUACGUUGAUAGCAACGAAGAGGAGUACUACAUGUACACUUCACCUGAAGAAUCAUCUUCCACAUUAUCACUAGACAUCUCUGGCCAGAUCAAGCUGAAUAUAUGGUCGGAAGCCGAACAGUCUUGGCAAACCGUACAAUCCAAACCUAUUGAUCCCUGCACUCCUACGGCUACCUGCGGACCUUUCACGGUCUGCAAUGGCACUGCACGUGGUAACGCACGUCCAUUCUGUGAUUGUAUGGAGAGCUUCUCUCAGAAGUCACCAACGAAUUGGUACCUUGAUGAUCGGACAGGAGGAUGCAUCAGAAAUACACCAUUACAUUGCCCUAGCAACAAGACAAGUUCAACAGACAUGUUCCACCCUAUUGCUCAUGUUACAUUGCCCUACAAUCCAAAAAGCAUACAAAAUAUUACCACUCAGAGAAAAUGUGAAGAAGCUUGUCGAGGUUCUUGCUCCUGCACUGCUUAUUCCUAUAACAAUAACAUGUGCUCUGUCUGGCAUGGGGAAUUGCUUAGCGUAAAUCUGAAUGAUGGCAUUGAAAUUUUUGCUGAAGAUGUUAUUUACCUUCGCCUUGCGGCCAAUGACUUUCCAAGUCUGAGCAAAAACAAAAGAAAACUAAGCGUUGGAGUUGUUAUUGCUGCAAGCAUUAUUAGCUUUGCUUUAAUAAUGCUCGUGAUGUUGUUAGUGGUUCAGAGGAACAAAUUCAAGUGGUGUUGUUCUCCAUUAUACGAUAACCAAGGUUGUGGUGGGAUUAUUGCCUUUAGAUACACCGAUUUAGUUCAUGCUACAAAGAACUUCUCUGAAAAGCUGGGAGGAGGUGGUUUUGGCUCUGUUUAUAAGGGAGUGUUAAGUGGAUCGACUCCGAUAGCGGUGAAAAGGCUUGAUGGUGCUCGCCAGGGAGAGAAGCAAUUUAGGGCUGAGGUGAGCUCACUUGGACUGAUCCAACAUAUCAAUCUAGUCAAAUUGAUUGGUUUCUGCUGUGAAGGACAUAAUAGGUUGCUUGUCUAUGAACAUAUGCUAAAUGGCUCUCUUGAUGGUCAUCUAUUUAAGAGCAAUUUUGGUGUGUUAAGUUGGAGUACCAGGUAUCAAAUAGCCCUAGGAGUUGCUAGAGGAUUGUUCUACUUGCAUCAGAGUUGCCACAAGUGCAUCAUACACUGUGAUAUUAAGCCAGAAAACAUACUCCUCGAUGCAUCAUUUGCUCCUAAAGUUGCGGACUUUGGGUUGGCAACGUUUUUGGGAAGAAAUUUUAGUCGAAUUCUGACUACAUUCAGGGGAACUGUAGGUUAUCUUGCCCCAGAGUGGCUUAGUGGAGUUGCUGUUACACCAAAAAUUGAUGUUUAUAGCUUUGGCAUGGUAUUGUUGGAAAUCGUGUCGGGAAGGAGAAAUUCAGGUGAAGAAUACACUAGCAAAAGUUAUCGUGUUGAAUAUUUCCCUGUACAAGUCGUCAACAAGCUUCACGAAGGGGAUGUGGGGAGUUUGGUGGAUCCACAGUUACAUGGUGACUUCAAUACGGUACAAGUUGAAAGGGUCUGCAAAGUUGCAUGUUGGUGCAUUCAAGAUAAUGAGUUUGAUCGGCCGGCGAUGGAUGAAGUGGUACGUGUUCUUGAGGGUCUACAGGAGAUUGAUAUGCCCCCAAUGCCAAGACUACUUGCAGCUAUAACAGAACACUCUGAUACAACUUCAAUGUAAUUUAUGAAUAUUUUACAUCGGAUGUUACUAAUCUUUGUUUCAACAAUUUUAAAUUGUAAUGCGGUGGAGAAGGAAUAAAGAAAGGCAAACUUGUAGUUACCAAACUGCCUCUUGUUUUUCAAUGGCCAAUUAUAGUAACCAUGCAUUGUAGGGGCGUCUUUGUCAGCAGGAGGGACACACCAAGCUAUUUCCACUGCGGCAUCAACGGCUUGUUCAGUCAUACAGGCUGAAGCUAAUGCCUUGGAGCUGGUUUCUG